AUGCUUCUGAGAAUUCAUGUUUUGGCAGUGUUUGCUGUGAUCUGUCUAGUUGCUUUACUUGAGUCGGUACCUAACCAAGAGGGUAAUAUAAAACCGGUCAGAAGUAAGUUUACGGUGACGGUACGAGUAUCAUGUAAAAUGCAUUUGAUAGAGUUGGAGUUUAGCUUUCAUUUGAUAUGAAAUUUCAAGUCAUUUUAAGGUUUAUCCUAUUGGUAAUAAGCAAAAUAUUACCUUAGUCAUCAAAAGGUACUUAAGUAUCUUAAAAGUGCUAAAAAGCAGUAAUAUUGACAAGAACUGGCCGUGAAAUGAUAUUAUCUCGAUAGAAUGGAGCUUUAGCUUAGAUCCGACACCAAUUUUGUCCCCCUUAUAGCUCAAUUUUAUUUGGAAAACUGAGUUUUUUCAAAAACGCCCUUUCAUUUUUAGCAUAUACUCCAAGUCCUCGCCACCCAGUACCAGCUCAUCCAACAACCAAAAAAAUCGUCCGAAAGCCUCAUCCACAGACUCGUCGCACCACUAGGCCUUUUGCUUCUCCUAGACUUAAAGGCCAACCGAGAUUUUUAGCUGAUUUGUCCGAUGAAGACGAUAUUCAAGUAAAUGUGGUGUUAAAGAAGAAGAAACAUAACCAUUUGGCUUUGGAGUAA